UGGGAUGACAAGUCAGAUUCAUCUAAUACUGAUAAUAGUACAAUCCCAGCUUCGAGUUUGGAAGUGAAAGAAGAACCAAAUCAGAUUUGUGAUGAUGAUUUUACAAGAGAUAGGACUAAAGAUGGUUGUUCAAGAUGUGUUGAACAAGAGAAUUAUCCUUCAGCAAGAGAGGAUCUUUGUUUCGAUUCGCGGUUAAAGAAAAAGAGGGGGAAGAUUUCAAAGAGUAAGUACAGAGGAUUAGCAAAGAAAUGGGAAGAAAAUCAGAGGAGGUGGCGGUGCGAAUGGGAUAGGGAAAGAUUAGAGCUUGAUAGGAGAUUGAAGGAGCAGCUGAAUGGAAAUGGUUCUAAUGGAUCAGGAUCAGUUAAUCAUGCAGAUGUAUUGAAAGCUCUUUCUCAAGCAUUGAAGAAAACAGAGGAGGCAUAUUUAGAUCUAGCUGAUAGGAUGGUUAUGGAGAAUCCUGAAUUAGCUUUGAUGGGUUCUUGUGUUCUUGUUAUGUUAAUGAAAGGAGAGGAUGUUUAUGUGAUGAAUGUAGGAGAUAGUCGAGCUGUGUUAGCUCAGAAGAAGGAGCCUAAUCUCUGGAGCCAAGAUUUGGAGCGGAUCAAUGAAGAGACUUUGAAUGAUCUUGAGCUUUUAGAUGGUGAUGAGUCGAACAGUAUACCUAAUUUAACUGCUAGUCAGCUUAGUACAGAUCACAGCACAUCCGUGGAAGAGGAAGUUCAAAGAAUAAGAAGUGAACAUCCAGAUGAUGCAUGUGCUUUGAUGAAUGACCGCGUGAAAGGUUCUUUGAAGGUUACCCGGGCUUUUGGUGCUGGUUUCCUCAAGCAGCCUAAAUGGAACAAUGCGCUUCUGGAGAUGUUCAGAAUUGAUUAUAUUGGAACUUCUCCCUACAUCAGUUGUCUACCGUCUCUCCAGCAUCACAGAUUAGGGCCGAGAGACAGGUUUUUGAUACUGUCAUCUGAUGGGCUUUAUCAGUACUUCACAAAUGAAGAAGCUGUUUUAGAAGUUGAACAUUUCAUCUCAUGGUCACCAGAUGGAGAUCCUGCACAACAUCUUAUUGAGAAAGUAUUGUUUCGCGCGGCCAAAAGAGCUGGUUUGGAGUUUCACGAGUUGCUUGAAAUUCCACAAGGGGAUAGACGCCGGUACCAUGAUGACGUUUCAAUUAUUGUUAUUUCUUUGGAGGGGAGAAUAUGGAGAUCCAGUGCAUAAGUAGGAAAAAAAAGUUAAGAAGAUAAAAUGGUAUAGAGCUAUUCAAAAUGACAAUCCAACAUCCAAUUUUUGUUCUUUCCUUGUCACCAUUUUGUAAAAUAGCAGCUAAGCCCUGGAACCAGUGAUGUCUUAGUUGUAAAAUGUACUGGUGAUGGGAUUGUAAAGGUGUUUACAUCAACUUUUUGUCCGUUUAUAAGCUGUCAUAUAAAUUGUAAUUUCUCUAAUAAAUGACAUCUCUAAGAAAUUACAGAGUGUUCUCCAAAGUUUUCAA